AGGAAGCAAAUCAACGCGAGAGGGGAGAGAUUCAAACACAAACAACUGGAUGGCCACCAUCCCACCACUGGACACCGAAUCCCCCGCCCUCCCCGGACACACACUCCAGCAGGCCUGAAGCGGCGUCCUCGAGUAGUCGUAGUUGCUGCUUUGGAUCAUCAGGCCUCUCUCCUCCCGUGUUUCCUCGGUGUGCACUUACACGCGCGUUGCUUUAUCUCUUCUUGUUUUCCCGCUCUUUCCUUGUGGCCUUCGGAGCUGAAGUGAAGCCAACAGCUCCUGUCUACAGACACCAUGUCCCGAUCCAACAGGCAGCGGGAGUACAAGUGCGGGGACCUGGUGUUCGCCAAGAUGAAGGGAUACCCGCACUGGCCUGCCCGGAUUGAUGAAAUCCCAGAUGCCACUGCAAAGGCCUCUGGUAACAAGUACCAGGUAUUCUUUUUUGGGACUCAUGAAACAGCUUACCUUGGUCCCAAAGAUAUCUUCCUUUAUGAGGAGACCAAAGAGAAGUUUGGCAAACCAAACAAGAGGAAAGGAUUCAGUGAGGGCCUUUGGGAAAUUGAGAAUACACCAGCAGUGAAAGCAUCUGGCUACCAGCCUUCUCGCAAGAAAAGUUCUACCAGAAAGUCUACCGAUUCAAAGUCUUCAAAGGAUGGAGGAAAGACUGCACCAAAGGAAAGUGAAGAGGAAGAGGCAGAUGCUGAUGCAGAAGAAGACAAACAUGAAGAAGACCUUGAGAAGAAGGGAAAUGCAGAGGGCAGCAGUGAUGAGGAAGGGAAGCUUAUAAUAGAUGAGCAGUCCAAAGAGAAGAAUGAAACGGCAGCAGCCAAGCGGAAAGCAGAGGAUGCAGCUGAGAGUUCCCCAAAGAGAGCCAAAGCUGAGGAUGAGAAGGAAGAAAAGGCUGAAAAUGAAGAACCCCAAUUAGAGGCAAAGAAAACGCCAGAUGCAGAUACGGAGAAUAACAGGGAGUCUCCCAAAGCUGCAGACAAUGUGGAAAAAGCAGAGGAGAAGCCAGCAGCAGAACAACCUAACAAAGAUCACAAGGAGAGCCUGUAGCUGUUCGUACAACCAACACCUAAUCUGACUGGGCAGAAUUCUCCUAUCCUCUCCUUUGCUGGGAUCCUGGGUGCUAAAGAAGAGUAUAAAAAAAAAUCUAAAAAAAAAAACGGGGUUUAACUUCAGAACUAAAAAUAUAUUUUAAGAAAAAAAAUAGGGAAUAAAUAUUUCAUCCGCUUGUUAGAUCUGCAACGAAUCCAAAUCAUAAAAUGGAAAGAUUGAAGAACCUCUUCCUGGUAGGAUAAGAGGCAAGUUCUGAUCUGCAUUAAUCAUUAAUUGCGACUUCCUGUCACUUUUUUUUUUUUUAGGUCACAAAUUGUCAUGAAAUUUCAGUUCCAGUGCAUCUACUGCUCAUAGCCAGUUUACCCAUUCAACCCUAGAGGGGCAAAUGUCUGUAUAGCUGUUCAGUAUUUUGCUAAUGUUUUCCUACGUUACACAUCUUGGCCUUUUAACAGGAAUUAUUCUGCCCAGUGUAUGAUAAUGAAGAGAUGCUUCACACUGUGUAUACCUUUAUUGUAUAACCUGUAGCCUGCUUGAGUAAAAGUGGGUAGAAAUCAAACCCAUAAAAACCUUCUAGAGCAUAACGAUGGCUGAAUCAUCUUAAACACAGGCCACAGAUUUGUCAACCUAGGGCAGAGAUGAUUAUAAUCUAUCUCCUGGUUUAAUACAACUUGCAUACGAGGUAUUGCCAUCUUUCUACUUGGAGGAGUGUACAGAUAUUGAUCCUUUCAGCUUCUGAAGAUGGGCUUUGGAAUUCUUGAGUUCAUAGCUUCUGGUCUUGUGCUGCUUUUAGUACUAGCAUAUGAUGCUGCUCUUGCUUUGGUGACUGAUGCUAUAUCAUUAUUCCUCUUCAGCAACUUAGAAAUUUGUGCCCUGCAGCUAGUAUCUAGUUUAGCAAUAUGGAAACUCUAGAUACUGGGUGGAUGUUACCACUAUUUUAUUGUGCUUUUUAAGGCUUGAAACUGCCUAUUUUUUUAAUAUAUUUUUAUCUUUGUUACCAGUUGAAGAACAGACUGGAUUCUACAUAAUUGAAACUGGAUAUUUAAUCUUAUGUUUUGCUUGUAUGCUGUAAACCCUAUACGCAUCCCUACACCUUUUGUGUACAAUAUGUAUGUGUUAAAUUCAUGAACUUGUUAACUGCCUGCAGUGUUUUAGUUUUAUGUUUAUAUGUGUAUAUACAGUGAUAAAAUCAGGCAUUGUCAACAAUUCCAAGGUUGUUUACCAACAAUGAGUCAAAACAUGUUGGGUAUUCUAUACAUCAUCAAAUGUGUUUACACCAUCAGGAUUAUACAUUUUGCAAGAAAAAAAAAACUAUUGCUCUCCAUCCAUGUGUGUUCGUGUAAAUGGGAAUUGGAACAUCCUGCUGUCCUGCUUAAGAAAAAAAAAUGUAAUGAUGGCAUUUCUACUUGGCCUCUCCAACAUCUAAUUGCAAGAACAUUUACAUGUUGAAUACUUAAAGGGACAUUCUACUUAAAAUAUUUUUGCUUAAAGGAAAUUUUUAUUUAAAUUCAAAGACCAUUGUCCUAAUUUCCCUUUCUUGAAUAAAUCAAUUUAUUUUGAAAUGAUCUAUUUUAGAUUAAACAAAUGGGUAUGAUGUCCCUUUAAAACUAAUAGCAAUGUAAAAUGUACUAGUUUAAAAGCUUUAAACUGUCAAUAAGUCCUCUAAAUUGUGAAACCUUUGUCAUUCGUGUUUUCUUGUCCUUGGUGCCUCUUAACUUGCUUUUUCAUAUUUUAACUAAUAAAACCAGCGUAGUUUAGUACUCUAUACAGCAUGUGCAACAAACACUAAAAGGCUUAUGUUUAUCUUGGAGGUAUAAGAGUAAGGCAGGCAAAAGCUUUGCAUUAUGGCUACCAACAUACUAAUACCUUAGCAAAGCACAAAUUACAAUUUAUCUCAUUUUCGGUUUCUAUGGUGUAGUCUUGCUGUGGGGAUUUCUGCUCCAGUUUCUUUAAAGGGGCAGUAAACCUACACAAAUGUUAUAUAAUUCUGCACAUAGUAUAACAUAUAUAACAUUAUUUUAUAAUUAUUUCAAACAAUUUUUAGCAAGAACUUAGAAUUUUGUAUUCCGCCGCUCCUGGCUCUGAGCGGGUCUGUUAUUUACCUUAGCACAUCGCGGCACACUGUCUAGUCACAACCAGCUCGGUCACGCCAUUAAACUCAAUGUAGCUUGCUUUGUUUUAUAAAUUUGGCGCUAUUAUGUUAUAUAAUUCUGCACUAUAUGCAGAAUUAUAUAACAUUGUGUAGGUUUACUGUCCCUUUAAUUUUGACUUUACUGUCCCUUUAAAUAAGCCUCUUCAUUAGUUCUUUGUACAUUUUAAUGUCCAUUUGGGUUUUGCACAGGAAGACCUUUACAAUUUAAAUUUUAUUUUAAUCAUACAUACUUUAUUUUUUAUCUGACCAAAAUAAAUAUUUUUAAAAGCCAAUUGAUAGCAAACCUGUUGGUACUUCAGAGUUAGAUAUAUGCUUUUUGGAGGUUUUGGAUACCUUGCGUUUUGUGGAAGAAGGUGGCCACUUGUGGUGGUUUGCUAUUUUCAGAUCCAAAUUAAUUCCUGUUAAACUGCAACACACUAGGCUCUGUGCAAACCCAAAGCUCCAAAAAUAGCUGAACAGCCGCCUCCUUACACAUUCGGAGGUAUCCAAAGCCUCCAAAUACAUAUCUAGAAUUAUCACUAAAUGUCCAUUAUUUCCCUUGCUGCAGUUUUCUACAGCAGUGAUUUUCAACCUUUUUUUGCCGUGGCACACUUUUUUACAUUAAAAAAAUCUUGCGGCACACCACCAUCCCAAAAUUUUACAAAAUCACACAUUGUAGCCUAAUACAGCAUAUAUAUGUGUGUGUGUAUGUAUAUGUAUAUGUAUGUAUGUAUAUAUAUAUAUAUAUAUAUAUAUGCAAAAUUUAAAGAAAAUGUCACACUGUUGUCAGUCUGCCGCGGCACACCUGAGGAUCUCUCACGGAACACUGGUUGAAAAACACUGUUCUACAGAGAAUAGAUUGCUGUAGCUAUCCCCCCCCCCCCACACACACACACACACAAAUGUCAUAUUGUAAAAUGAUGUUCUGCUGUAUGUAACCUGCAUUAGUGUAUCAUUUCCUUGAUAUGUUGAUAUUGAACUCUAGUCUUUCUGCAGUAGGUAAAAGGAUUUAUUUUCCUCCCAUGAGUUCAUUUAACACCAGGUUGCAGAGUCAUACACCAAGUUAAAUUUCAUGCCCUUUAUCUGCUUAUAAAGGAAUUUGCAUUACAAAGAUGAAUGAAAAGAUUUUGUAGUUAUUUUUAAUAAAACAAAAAGUUGGAAAAAAAUUGGAUUUUACAACAGCUAUGACAUAGCUGGGAAUAUAAUUUUUUUGUUAAUUUUAUAGUCCUCUAUUUUUGUUUAUUAUAUUUGCCCCAAAGUGAAUUGUUCUUUCUUGUGUUUUUUUCUUUCUUUCUAUGUGAUGUAAUCAUUACAUUUUGUAACAUAUAGAGAUAAAUGCUCACCCUUUUGAUUAUUAUAUUUUUUUCUGUGAUGAAGGCAAUUGUUUAAAAGAGAAAAAAAAAGCUUUUGGUAUAGUUCAGAAAACUGUAGACUUCAGUUCUUUAGGACAAAUAAAGAUUAUUAUAAAAUUGA